AUGAUGGAUAACACAAUUAAGGUUGAUUCAAAUCAAGCAGAAGCAAUUGAUGAGUACAUGUUAUAUCACAGAAUAGUUGGUGACGAUGACAAUGGCCGUACCUUCACUCCAGCAGAGUACGAAGCGUACAAGAAACGUGUUAUUCCUAUGGUUCCCCCUUUCCUUUGCACCCGGCAAAAUUGCAAGUGUACUGGCUUUAAAACGAGUGUGACCUGCGAUUGUGGAUUCCCAGCCUACAAACACACGGAUGUGGUAAGAGUCCAGAGAAUUUUUUCGCCUCUAAAAUUAACCUGUUAUUCGUGGCAGUCAGAAACGGCGGAGGAGAGGCAGGCACGAGGUCACCCGAUUGGUCACCCGUGCGUCUUCCAGGCCAUGGGCGGUUUGACGGGGUUCAGCUCCCUUCUGCCGGGGAUGGCGCGCAUGGACGCCAGUGGAGGUCCCCUGGCCAACGCCCUCUCCCCGUCCGAGCUGGACGCCCCCAUCACCGAGCGCGAUCACCCGUUUCUUCGAGCGCACAAAGCCAUGAUCGAAGCAUUCGAGAGGGAAUUCAACUCCGGAGGCAGGGAGAAGCCCAAAGAUGAUAACGACUUGCAGACGUCGUCUAAUAAAUGCAUACGCUCUGGAGUUUGGGCCAUUUUAGACGAGGAGUGA